GAAAAAGUGGAGUUAUUAGGAUUGCAAAUUAAGGAAGAACUCGACAAAAGUCAGCUACUGCUUUUGAAGAACGCGUUCGACGCCUUCGACCAUGAGAAAAAGGGUGUCAUCAGUACAGACAUGAUCGGCACCAUCCUAGAAAUGUUGGGCCACGAGCUGGAUGAAGACACACUCAAGGAGAUCAUUGAUGAAGUCGACCAAGACGGUUCUGGGGAGUUGGAAUUCCGCGAGUUCUGUUCGCUGGCCGCUAAGUUCUUGACGGAAGAAGAGGAAGACGACGAAGCUAUGCUGAGAGAACUGAGGGAGGCCUUCAGAUUAUACGACAAAGAAGGUAACGGAUACAUCACCACCGACGUUUUGAAAGAAAUCUUCAGGGAGCUGGACAACACCAUCAAUGCUGAGGAGCUGGACACGAUGAUUGAGGAGAUCGAUUCUGACGGCUCAGGCACUGUGGACUUUGACGAAUUCUUGGAGGUGAUGACGGGAGAAUAAAUGACUUUCACAUACCUAUCUACAUAUGAAAUUAUAUAUAUUUUUAAGUAUUAUUUGUAAAUAAAAUUACUUUGUGAUAAUUUUAAUUAAGUAAGCAAAACCUUACUAUUUAAUUUUUAUUUACCGACCAAAACACAUUUUCUGAGACGCCAAUGUUAAUGUUGAAUGUCUCGUGAUAAAUGUGAUUUGAUGAACCAUAAAUUAAAUUAGUGUAAGUACUUAAACUGAUAAAUACUGCGCGCAGUUUAUUAUUUUAUUAAUAAAAAC